UACGUUAUCAUAUAUGAGUUGCUUCUAUUAUUAUAUAUCGUGCAUACAUGUACUUGUAGUCAAUCAGUUCAUCGUUCUCUAGUCAAUGCUCAAUGCUCAUACACGCAUAUAUAGAUUAACGUCGAGUUGCAGACUGCGAGCGGAAAGCAUCCAAGAGGCACGCUGAACUUUAAAAUUCUAUAAUCUUGUUGAUGAUUUCUAGGAAACUGCUUUGCUGCUGUGUUCGGAAGUUUGGGUUUGGGGAACGUGUCACAAUUUUGGCGUAUUUGAAAGAAAAAAUAUGGAGGAUACUUCCCCAAUUGCAAAAGAUGUUACUGAGGAAAAACCCCAAUGGUAUAUCUCAACAACAUUGUUGAUGGUUGUGUAGCUCGAAUUGCAGCCAAGUUGGAGAUGAUGGAACCAUGCUCUAGUGUGAAAGACAGGAUUGGAUAUAGUAUGAUCAAAGAUGCAGAAGAGAAGGGCCUGAUUACCCCUGGGAAGACGGUUCUCAUUGAGGCUACCAGUGGCAAUACUGGCAUUGGUUUGGCGUUCAUUGCAGCUACUAAGGGCUACAAGCUUAUUCUAGUCAUGCCAUCUUCUUAUAGCCUCGAGAGAAGGAUUAUUCUCCGAGCUUUUGGUGCAGAGUUGUAUCUUACAGAUAUAGCUAAGGGUAUUGCUGGGGUUUUCCAAAAGGCUCAAGAGAUACUAGAAAGGACACCUAACGGUUAUUAUCUACAUCAAUUUGAAAAUCCUGCCAACCCAAAGAUUCACUAUGAAACCACUGGACCAGAGAUUUGGAAGGGCUCUGAAGAGAAAGUUGAUGCCUUAGUUGCUGGAAUAGGGACUGGGGGCACUGUCACUGGUGCAGGGCAGUUCCUGAAGCAGAAAAAUCCAAAUAUAAAGGUCUAUGGUGUUGAACCAACUGAAAGCCCUGUACUAAAUGGAGGAAAACCUGGGCCACAAUUCGAUACUUACAGCGGGAGAGAGACGGCUUUCAUGGCGGUCUUGGGGUCGGAUCUGCGCGCUCUGUCCACCGAAGCCCGCCGGAGGUACCCCGCCGUCAAAGACGGAGCCGAACACGCUAUACUUAAGCUUCGAUCAUUUUCAAGCCCUAGUGAAAUUGCACAGAACAAGGAUAUACUACGGAUUUUUCUGAUAGCUUGUGAUGUUAAAGCCGUGAAGCUGAGUGUUAUUGGACUUUCUUGCCUGCAGAAGCUCAUAUCUCAUGAUGCAGUUGCUCCUUCAGCUUUGGGGGAGAUACUUGCCACCUUGAAAGAGCAUGCUGAAAUGGAAGAUGAGACUGUUCAACUCAAGACCUUACAGACCAUAUUGAUAAUAUUUCAGUCAUGCUUACUACCUGAAAAUGAGGAAAAUAUGGCCCAGGGUCUUGGUAUUAGCCUCCGGCUUCUUGAAAACAACAGAUCCUCUGACAGUGUGAGAAAUACUGCUGCAGCAACCUUUAGGCAAGCAGUAGCAUUGGUUUUUGAUCAUUUGGUCUGUGCGGAGUCACUUCCUGUGGGCAAAGUUGGUUCUGGAGGAUAUAUUUCUCGAAGUACUUCUGUGACUACUGAUGUUAAUCGCAGUAUUAAUCGUGCAGAGUCAUUGGAACAUGAUUUUAUUUCUGGAGGCCCUUCAUUGAUGAGGAAGACCCUAACUAAAGCUGGAAAGCUUGGACUACUAUUGCUUGAAGACCUGACAGCUCUAGCUGCAGGUGUAUCUGCAAUCUGGUUACGUGUCGGUUCCAUUCAGCGGACAUUUGUACUUGAUAUACUAGAGUUCAUUCUCUCUAAUUAUGUGGUCGUAUUUAGAACCUUGAUUCCAUAUGAGCAGGUCUUGCGCCACCAGAUAUGUUCGCUUCUCAUGACUUCACUUCGUACCAAUUCUGAGAUUGAAGGAGAAGCAGGAGAACCUUAUUUUCGCCGCUUGGUCUUGCGAUCAGUGGCCCAUAUAAUAAGGCUUUACAGUUCAUCUCUUAUCACUGAAUGUGAGGUUUUCCUUAGCAUGUUAGUGAAGUUUGUAUCUCUUGAUUUGCCAUUGUGGCAUCGGAUUCUUGUUCUUGAAGUAUUGCGGGGGUUUUGUGUGGAGGCACGAACUCUGAGAGUUCUUUUCCAGAACUUUGACAUGCAUGCCAAGAACACAAAUGUUGUGGAGGGUAUGGCAAAAGCUCUUGCUCGGGUUGUUUCAAGUGUACAGGUUCAGGACACAAGCGAAGAAAGCCUGGCAGCUGUUGCUGGAAUGUUUAGUAGUAAAGCUAAAGGGAUUGAAUGGAGCUUAGAUAAUGAUGCAUCAAAUGCUGCUGUUUUGGUUGCAAGUGAAGCCCAUGCAAUAACUUUGGCCAUUGAAGGUUUGCUUGGCGUUGUAUUUACUGUGGCUACUUUGACAGAUGAGGCAGUGGAUGUUGGUGAGCUUGAAUCCCCUAGAUAUGAGUCUGACCUAUCAACAAAGUCCACUGGGGAAACUGCUGCUCUAUGCAUUUCAAUGGUUGAUUCAGUGUGGUUGACCAUAUUGGAUGCAUUGUCCUUGAUUCUAGCAAAGUCACAAGGAGAGGCUAUUGUAUUGGAGAUACUAAAGGGGUAUCAAGCAUUUACACAGGCAUGUGGGGUCCUUCAUGCUGUAGAACCAUUAAACUCAUUUUUAGCUUCCCUCUGCAAAUUUACAAUCAAUAUUCCAUCUGAAACAGAAAAGAGGAGUGUUUUACAAUCCCCUGGUUCAAAACGUUCUGAACUAUUGGUUGAUCAAAGGGAUGGCGUUGUCCUUACGCCCAAGAAUGUGCAGGCCUUAAGGACCCUCUUUAAUGUAGCUCAUCGGUUGCACAACGUUUUGGGCCCUUCAUGGGUAUUGGUUUUGGAGACCCUAGCAGCCUUAGACCGAGCAAUACAUUCUCCCCAUGCAACUACUCAGGAGGUCUCAACUGCUGUCCCAAAGCUUACAAGAGAAUCAUCCGGUCAAUACAGUGACUUCAGUAUCCUCUCUUCCUUGAAUUCUCAGCUGUUUGAGAGCUCAGCAUUGAUGCACAUACCGUCAGUUAAGUCACUUCUUUCUGCACUAUGUCAGUUGUCAUAUCAAUGUAUGACUGAAACUCUAAGCAGUUCUGGACAAGCAUCAAACCAAAAACUUGGAAGCAUCAGCUUUUCGGUAGAGAGAAUGAUAUCCAUCCUCGUAAAUAAUCUUCACCGGGUGGAGCCCCUUUGGGAUCAAGUUGUUGCACAUUUUAUUGAGCUAGCUAAUAGUCCUAAUCAACUCUUAAAAAAUAUGGGACUGGGUGCGCUAGACCAAUCAAUAUGUGCUGUUUUGGGUUCAGAUCAGUUUCAGGAACACCCAGCAUCCAGACUGUAUGGCACAUCUUCUGAUGUUGAAUCCUUGAACACAGAUCUUAGAUCACUUGAAUGUGCUGUAAUAUCUCCAUUACAAGUUCUAUACUUCUCAACUCAAAGCAUUGAUGUUCGUGCUGGUUCUCUGAAGAUUCUUCUGCAUGUUCUAGAGAGGCAUGGAGAGAAGUUGCACUACAGCUGGCCAAACAUUCUUGAAAUGUUGAGGUCCGUAGCUGAUGCUGCAGAAAAGGAUCUUGUCACACUGGGUUUCCAGAGUCUACGAAUCAUUAUGAAUGAUGGUCUCUCAACUAUUCCUGCGGACUGCCUUCAAGUAUGUAUAGAUGUUGCUGGAGCAUAUAGUGCUCAAAAGACUGAAUUGAAUAUUAGCUUGACGGCUGUGGGCCUUUUGUGGACUAUGACUGAUUUUAUUGCAAGGGGGCCUCUCUAUGGGCUGAAUGAAGAAAAGAAAGCAGGAAUACUGGCUGUCCAGUUGACUCCAAAGCAAAUGGAUGAUGCAAAUAGGGACAGACAGGCUACCAAUUCUGUCAGUGGAGUUAAUGAUCAACCUCCCUUAGUGAAUAUAGUCAACCGGGACAAGUUGCUAAUCUCCAUUUUCUCAUUGCUUCAAAAGCUAGGAUCCGAUGAGAGGCCAGAGGUCAGAAAUUCUGCUGUCAGGACACUCUUUCAAACACUAGGAAGUCAUGGACAGAAACUAUCCAAGAGUAUGUGGGAGGAUUGUCUCUGGAAUUACGUCUUCCCCACAUUAGAUCGUGCUUCUCACAUGGCUGCAACGUCAUCAAAAGAUGAAUGGCAAGGGAAAGAGCUUGGAACUCGAGGAGGAAAAGCAGUUCACAUGCUCAUACAUCAUAGCCGUAACACUGCUCAGAAACAGUGGGAUGAGACACUUGUUUUGGUACUAGGUGGGAUUGCACGAAUUCUACGAUCUUUCUUUCCUUUCCUUAGAAGUCUGAGCAAUUUUUGGUCCGGAUGGGAAUCUUUGCUUCUUUUCGUCAAGAAUAGCAUUUUACAUGGUAGUAAAGAGGUUGCUCUUGCAGCAAUAAAUUGCUUACAGUCCACAGUCAUUUCUCAUUCUCCUAAGGGAAAUUUGCCAAUAGAGUAUCUUAAAUCUGUUCUGGAUGUUUAUGAGCUUGUUCUUCAGAAAUCACCAAACUAUGGUGGUAAUGCAGCUAGCAAGGUGAAACAAGAGAUUCUGCACAGCCUCGGAGAAUUAUAUGUGCAAGCACAAGGGAUGUUUGAUGGUGGCAUGUACAAAUGGUUACUAGCAAUCAUACAUAUGGAAGUCAAACAAGAGAAGAUCACAAAUAAUAACUUUGAAUCUGAAUUUGGACAUGUUCCACCUGUGCAGCGUGCAGUGUUGGAAAUCUUACCCUCAUUACAUCCAGCAGAGCAUCUUUCUUCAAUGUGGUCCUUCUUUCUCAGGGAACUUUUGCAAUAUCUUCUAAUAUUUGAUUCUCUAGAGAAUGAAGAGAACAAGCCAGAGGGAAACAACUCUGAGCAUCAUAUUCAUGACGGUGGUAAGAUGACAGAAUCUGAGAUGGCCAAUGGGACCGACUUUGUAUCCCUAAAUAAAGGAGGUCCAUCUGUUAGCUCAGGAUCAAGUUAUCUGCUUGCUGAAAAGCUCAUUCCCAUUCUGGUGGAUCUUUUUCUACAGGCUCCAGCAGUGGAAAAAUAUAAUAUUUUCCCUGCAAUUGUCCAAAGUCUUGGAAGGUGCAUGACAACAAGAAGAGACAACCCUGAAGGUGCGCUUUGGAGAUCAGCUGUUGAAGGUUUCAACCGCAUUCUUGUUGAUGAAGUCAACAAAUUAACUAGUUUUCGGCCAGAUCCAAGUAUUAGUAGAUCUACAAGAAUCCGUGUCUGGAAAGAAGUUGCAGAUGUUUAUGAAAUAUUCCUAGUGGGCUAUUGUGGUCGUGCCCUCCAUUCAAAUCCUCUUUCAGCUGCAGCACUUAAAGCUGAUGAGUCUCUUGAGAUGAAUAUUUUAGACAUUCUGGGUGACAAGAUUCUUUCAUCGUGCAUUGAUGCACCACCUGACAUUUUGCAAAGACUAGUUUCCACACUGGACCGUUGUGCAUCACGAACAUGCUCUCUGCCUAUUGAAACUGUGGAGCUCAUGCCUUCCCAUUGUAGCAGAUUCUCUUUGACUUGCUUGCAGAAGUUAUUUUCAUUAAGCAGGUAUAAUAAUGAAGCCAGUGUCUCGAACUUUGCUGGAUCUGAAGUUAGCAAAAUUUCAAUCAUGAUACUCUUGACAAGAUGCGAAUACAUCUUGAGAACAUUUCUGAUUGAUGAGAAUGACUUAGGUGACAGACCAUUUCCACCAGCAAGACUUGAAGAAAUAAUGUUUGUCCUACAAGAGCUGGCUCAUCUGAUAAUGCAUUCAGAAACAGCUUCUGUUCUUCCUUUACAUCCAUAUUUUAAAGGAGAUCUUACAAAGGAGAGCUCUAACAAGCAUGCCCAUCUGUUUGUUCUGUUCCCAACUUUUUGUGAGCUUGUGACAUCGAGGGAACCUAGAAUAAGGGAACUUGUGCAAGUGUUGCUUAGACUCAUCAGUUCAGAAUUAACACUGGAGAAAAUUAAUCUAGCUGCUUGAAUCCCCGAAGAAUAUUCUCCAUGGAGUCAUUCAAGUUCUAUUUGUCCGUGUAAGUUCUAGGGAGGGAAUUUUUUCGUUCCUCCAGUUUUCCAUAGUUUUGUUAUGUAGUUGUUGUACAUUACAAAAUCCCAGUUAUAAAUAUAACAAAACUUACCCUAGGAAAUUUAUUUUGUUGUUCUUUUACAGUGAAUUAAUUUUUUGUAAUGGUUACAGAUUUCGAUGGUGCAAGAUUGUAUGAAUUCUUAUGGUAUAAAAUGGAAAUUGUUUUCAAUUAUCCUUCA